AACGUCAAUAGAAAGAAGUUAAAACGCAGUCGUGAUUGCAGGUGCAAGCAACGCAAAUCAAUACACUUCCAUGGCCAAGAUGCAGCUCUUUCUUCUUCAGUUGCUGGAAAUAAUAGCGGCAACAGCUUUGGUUGUUCUUGGCCAGUCUUCAUCUGGAGACACAAUGACCCCGAACAGCUCACUUAUUAAUGGCCAGACCUUGAUAUCAGCAGGAGGCAUAUUCCAGCUUGGUUUCUUCAGUCCUGAUAAAGAUUCAGAGAAUGGAUACUUAGGAAUUUGGUACUACAAUCGCCCGCCUGCAGGACAAAGCAUAGUAGCAUGGGUUGCCAAUAGGAACAGGUCUCUGAACAGAGCCUCCUCUUCACUGAACCUAACCUCUGAUGGAAAUCUAAUCAUAUUCGACGGAGAAACACUUGUUUGGUCGACGGGGAUAUCCACAGAAUCUAAUUCUGUGCACUUGCAACUUUUAGACUCAGGUAACCUUUUGUUGACGACUGAAAACUUUAGCAGGACUCUAUGGCAGAGCUUUGACCACCCAAGUGAUACACUUCUCCCUGGCAUGAAGCUUGGAUUUGACCUCCGAAGAAACACUUCCUGGCAGCUCGUCUCAUGGAGGAGCGACGUAGACCCUUCUCUGGGCAACCAUAUCAACAGGAUGGAGACGCAUGGGGUUGCAGAGUUCAUAGCAUGGAACGGAACCACCAAAAUUUAUCGAAGCGGACCAUGGAGCGGACAUGGAUUCGUUGGCCUUCCUCAGAUGAAGAACAGCACCUUGGCAAGGAGCGUAAACUUCACAUUCGUAUCCAACGAAAAUGAGAUCUAUUACACGACUGAAUACAUGGACCGGUCGGUGCUAUCACGGUCAGUGGUGAACACUGAUGGAAACUACGAGCGCUGGAGUUGGGACAACGGAGAAUGGAGACUCUUUUGGUCAUUUCCGGCGGAUGAAUGCGAUCAUUACAAUCUCUGUGGGCGUGGCAGCGUUUGCUCUUGGGGCUACUAUGCUUUCUCCUGCAGCUGCCUGCAAGGCUUUGCGCCGGCUAGUAACGGGUGCGUGAGGGAGAAGCCCCUAAAUUGCUUGUCGGACCAGGUUUGGAAGGUGCAGAACAUCAAGGUGCCUGACGCCGAGAAUGCCACAGCAUACGGCGUGAUCAGUCUGGAUGCAUGCAAGCGCUUGUGUUUGGGUAAUUGCUCCUGCGUGGCGUACGCUGUGCUGGAUGAGCCAAAUGGGUGUGUGACUUGGCAGGGUGACCUAUUGGAUCUGAGAUAUUAUACCGAUGGAGCAAAUGAUCUGUACAUUCGGCUUGCAGAAUCAUCAACAUCAAAGAGUAACAAGCACGUGUGGGCGAUAACAAUACCAGUGAUGCUUGGAUUUCUGCUACUUUGUUGUAUACUUGUAGUCACGUUGAGGAGAAACAGAGCCCUGAAACAAGGAACUCGGAAUCAUAUCGACUCCUCGGCCAAGGAAACUAGCAGGUUGAAAUUGCAGUAUCCAAAUGCAGAGAACGGUGACUUGCAGAGCCUCCCUGGACAUUCUAAUUCUAUGGCUGAUGAUGAUGUAUCAGAGCUGAUGUCAAACAAGAUAGACUCUGAGCAUUCUGGUAACUGUGAGUAUAGAGAAGUAGUUUCGAUCCUGACGUUAGGGGUGCUACCUUCCUAUGAUUUAUGUACAAUAAAAGCUGCAACAAAUGACUUCUCGAAUGAAAACAAACUUGGGGAAGGUGGAUUUGGUAUUGUCUACAAGGGAGAGUUGCAAGAUGGACAAAAGAUUGCGGUUAAGAAAGUAUCAAGAUACUCUUCACAAGGCCCAAAUGAGUUCCAGAACGAGCUGUCACUAAUAGCCAAGCUACAACAUAGAAAUCUUGUUCGUCUUCUAGGUUCAUGCAUUGAGGGAGAUGAACGACUCAUCGUCUUGGAGUAUAUGGAAAACAAGAGCUUAGAUAACUUCAUCUUUGACAAAACAAAGAGCUCAUUGCUAAAUUGGCAAAAGCGUCUUGAGAUUAUAAAUGGGAUUGCUCGAGGGCUACUUUAUCUGCAUCAAGAUUCUAUAUUGAGAGUCAUUCAUAGAGAUCUUAAGUUGAGCAAUAUCCUCCUUGACAAGGAUAUGAUUCCAAAGAUUUCAGAUUUUGGCAUCGCAAGGAUAUUUGAAGGCGAUGGAGUUUUAGAAAAUGUAACUACAAGACCAGUUGGGACAUUUGGUUACAUGGCGCCAGAAUACUUAACUGAAGGAGUAUUUUCAUUUAAAACUGAUGUAUUUAGUUUUGGUGUGAUAGUAUUAGAAAUCUUAAGCGGUAAGAGGAACAAAAUAUUCAGUAACACAGAUGCUAGUUUAAACCUUUUAGGACAUGCAUAUAAACUUUGGAAGGAAGGCAGAUCUUUAGAAAUUCUUGAUGAUACACUUGAUCAUUCAUAUCCUACUGCAGAAAUCCUUCGUUGCAUUCGACUAGGUCUUUUGUGCGUACAAGAUAAUUGUGAAGACAGACCAACAUUGACAGAGGUGGUAAUGAUGUUGGCCAGUGAGGAUCAACUUUUGACGCCACUCAAGCAACCUACAAUAACGUCAGCUAGUAGUGAAGGUGGUUUUACUACUAAAGAAAUAAGUCACUCAAUUACAGGACGAUAAGUUCCAAAUCUCUCAUCAU